UAAAGUAGAAAGGGAAGUAAGUAUGGCUUUUUCGCUUAAGAUUACUCUUUUUUUUUAAUUAAUAUAUGUAUAUUUUUUGCAAAGCCAUAUUUUUCCAAAAAGAAACCACACGCUUAUUUGAGCUUUCGCGUGCUUUUUUGGCAUUUCCCAUCAGAAGCCUGGCUCUGUGAACAUUUCCUUGGUGGCACGAUCCCGCAAAUAGUGGCUGCUCCCGUGUGGAGCCGGUCGAGGUGAUGUGAAAGGGCCAUUUUAAGAGUCAUCAGAUUAAACUGAAAGCAUGUCUUUGACUUGUGGGAAGAAGUCAGAGUUCCUGGAGGGAAAAUGCAAGCUCAACACUGACGCUAUCCCAGCUUGGAAUUGGACCAGGGCCCAUUCUUACUAUUGAUGACAGAAAGUGCCUUUUCAAAUGUUGUUACUACUCAAAGCUGCAUUACCAGUGUGCGUGCCACAUUUGCAUAGCUACAUUUACUACUUCUGAUGCUUAAAGGAGCUGCAUUGAAGAUACCUCCACUACAAUUGAAUGGUCAUUGUCUAUCUGGAUUUUUAUUUUUAAAUGUCCUUUGAGACUGAGAAGAUUCUAGAUAUACUGUGAAAAGAAUGCUGCCAAAGCUCAAAGAACUGACACUUUUUCAGAGUUUAAUCAAUACCAGCAAGUGGUUUGCACAUAAUUAAUAUUUUAUUACUAAAAGCCACUGCUUUGACAUAAUUUCAUUUAUAGUAUUUGUGUCAGCAACACAAUCAAGGAGCUCAAACAUUUUAUCCGUUUGAAGUGUUACUGAGCAUGUACUCUUUCGGCAGCCAUAUCUUACAAGUGAAUGAGACUGUUGAGUGAUUGGUUGCUUAUGUGAGCUGAUUAUUCUUAUACAUCACUCAUGUGGGUUUAAUAGUCUGCUUUUAUGAUCUUAUGAAAAGUCCACACAUUGUUCUAAUUUUCUUUUAAAUAAAUUUUAAUACAUAUAUUUUAUUUAUUUAAAAAGAAAACAAUUUGGAUUGAUUCACUAAUCUUUAUUUGCACUCUGAAAAUUGGACAUGGCUUUAAAUAUUACUUCAAUACGUGAUACAAAAUGGCUGACCCUGGAAGUCUGCAGACAGUUUCAAAGAGGAACCUGCUCACGUUCUGAUGAAGAAUGCAAAUUUGCUCACCCUCCGAAGAGCUGCCAAGUUGAAAAUGGAAGAGUCAUUGCCUGCUUUGAUUCACUUAAGGGACGGUGUACAAGAGAAAACUGUAAAUACCUCCAUCCUCCUUCACAUUUGAAAACACAGCUAGAAAUAAAUGGGCGUAACAACCUCAUUCAGCAAAAAACAGCUGCAGCAAUGUUGGCUCAGCAGAUGCAGUUCAUGAUUCCUGGUACAGCCAUGCAGCCAGUACCCACUUUUCCUGUUACUCAAGCUUUAGGAACAAAUCCUGGUCUAAGUUUUGCACCAUACCUUACUCCAGUAACCCCCAGUGUUGGACUAGUACCAACGGAAAUGCUCCCCAGCACACCAGUUAUUGUUCCUGGAAGUCCUCCAGUAUCAGUACCAGGAUCAUCUUCUACACAAAAGCUUCUGAGGACAGACAAGUUAGAGGUUUGCAGGGAAUUCCAGCGUGGGAACUGUGCAAGAGGAGAAACUGACUGUCGCUUUGCUCAUCCUUGUGACAGUGCAAUGAUUGACACAAGUGAUAACACUGUCACAGUCUGCAUGGAUUAUAUCAAGAGUCGCUGUUCAAGAGAGAAGUGUAAAUACUUUCAUCCUCCAGCACAUUUGCAGGCCAAAAUUAAAGCAGCACAACACCAGGCCAACCAGGCCGCUGUGGCAGCACAAGCUGCAGCUGCAGCCAUGACUCAGUCGACUGCCAAAGCAAUGAAGCGACCCCUCGAGGCAACUGUAGAUCUGGCAUUUCCAUCUAGUGUUCUGCAACCUCUACCAAAGAGACCAGCGCUUGAAAAAAGUAAUGGUGCCAGCACCAUCUUUAACCCUAGUGUAUUGCACUACCAACAGGCUCUAGCCAAUGCACAAUUACAACAGCCUACUGCAUUCAUACCUACAGGAUCUGUGUUGUGCAUGACACCUGCCACCAGCAUUGUACCCAUGAUGUACAGUGCUACGCCUGCUACUGUCUCUGCAGCAACAACUCCUGCCACAAGUGUCCCCUACGCCGCAACAGCACCAGCCAAUCAGAUUAUCCUGAAGUAAUCAACAAAAAAGGAAUGAAGUGUCAAGAUGCUGCACUACACACCCCAAAACAGCCGCUGUGUAAAUACUACCUUUCCUCCUCAUUAGAGCUACAACAACCUGCAUGCUGAGAGUAUAAUUAUGGAUAAAUCAUUACAUAUAACAUUUAAGUGCUUUUGUGUGUAUGUGUGUGUGUGUGUGUAUAGAUAUAUAGAUAUAUAUAAUAUAUAAACACACACACAAGCACCAAUUAUAUAUACCUGUAAUGCAAAAUAUGUUAUCUUGUAAAUGAAUACAAUCAGAAUUGUACAGACUAUAUAUCUAAAGGUGGAUAUUUCAUUUUAAUGAUUGUUUUUAACAGUUAUCUAUAUGAAAAGUAGGUUAUUUUUUCCACCUAGCUGAUCAUGUUAAUGCACUCUUAGAAUAAUAUAGUGCUUAAUGUUAAGUGCUUGUUUGAAAAAGAUUUUAAACAGAAAACUGAAGCUUUUGCUCUAUAAUUAAGCAUAAUGUCCCAUAAUUUUUUGACAAACAUUUUAUUGCACUUAGGUUCUGAUCCUGACAAGAUAGUUUACUUUGGAAGGGAAUCAAUAAAUGAAUGUUAAACAGAUGGAUGACAUAUUGAGAAGAAUGAAAUGGUUAUUUGAAUGUGCAUUGUUACCCAGGAAAACCAAAACAAAAAUGUGACUGCUAGACAAAACAGCCAUGCAAACAUUUGUAUUUAUCAAUUUCCCAGAAAUGGAGUUGAUAAACUUUCAUAAUGUCCUGGGCUGGCAGUAGACAUUUUGGAUUCUCUAGUUUAGGGAACAAAAUAUAAAAGAAUUCUUAUGUUUAUAAAUAAUGGCCAUUAAGAUGUUUGCUGUUGUCUCAAGUAACAGUGCCAAGGACUUUGAAAGAUCUCAUAGAUUGAUCAGAUCUGUCAAUUCUGGGUAUUAAUUUGGGUACAUUGUGUCUGCAGGCAGACUUGACAAACGUGAUUCAGAUCAUUAAUCGAUUUAUAUGAAACAGACAUUUGAUUUCAUUCAGUUGUCCUUUCAGAAAGUUAAAGAGCAGGGGUAUAUAAAAAUGUAUAAUGUCAGUGCUUUCAAAAGAGAACAUUUUAGUUCCUUAAAGAUAAUAAAGAGGUGCUUUCAGAACCAUCCUCCCAACAGCUCCCUGUUUAAUUUUGAAUGAUCAAUAGAAGUGCCUAAGUAUUACACAUUUCAAGCCCAAAAGGAUGUAAUUAAAAAAUAUUAACUGAAAAAUUAUUGGAUGUUGUCCAAAAAAGUACCUGUUAGUUUUAAGUCCACACACAUUAUGAUGACAGGGUUAUUAGUUUUUAAAAUACAGGAAUGUUAUUUUAAUUAAGUCAUUUUAGAGUAGAAUCUGAGGUGAUGAUAAUAAGUAAAUAAAAGUUUAAUUUGAAACAAGGCGAUGCAUCACAGCUUUUAACAUUUCAAAUACAUUAAGCUUUGCUGAGGUGCAAUUUUCUAAAUAUAAAAAUCCGUUCUAGUUUUGUUUUAUAUAUUGCUUUUUCCUAAAAAGAUGUGCCACAAAAUUUAAUAAUCAUUGCUUAGCUUUCAAGCUAGUAAAAUGUUUAUAUUAUCAUUUAGUGCAACUAUCUGUACCAAACUUUUGUCUCAUAGGCUACAUGUUGGCACUGAACAUAAGCAUAAAUCAACCAUUAAUAUCCCUUUUACAUACAUAUAUGUGUGUGUAUAUAAUAUGUAUGUAUGCACUGUGUGUGUCUUUCAGAAUUGACCACAGUGCUAUUUUAAAAUUGGAAAACCCAUAAGCUCUGCUUGCUUGGCACAAUUUGGGCACCCACCCCGUGAUUUUCAUUCAUUGUAUUUUUUUCUUCACAAAAGUUACAGUUUUAAUGUAAUUUUUGAUGUUGAAAGUGAUUUAUAGAUACGUUUUUGUCAUAAUUUUAAACUUUUAUGUUAAAUAUUAGUCAUAGAAGAAUCUUGUAACCUAUUAUAUUUUAAAAUGAAUGUAAUUUAUUAAGCUAAGCUUAGUUCUACUGGUUGGAUUGUUCAGAAAAGCUGGUCUCUUGGAUCAGCUCCUAAGAAGAAAUUCUGAAGCUUGUUUCUGGUAUGGGUCACCAUUUGUGACUGCAGGUGUAUUUUCUUACUGCCUUCAUCACCUUUGCAGGGCAAUGGAAAACAGUGUGAAAGAGGCUUUAGAAUUGCUUGUAUUAUGUAAAAAUGUUUAUUGUAAAGGUAAUAUUCUACCAAAAAUAUGUACUUUCACUGUAGUUUAGUAGUAUUUCAUAACAAUAUUAAGUUGUUGGAAUUAUUACAGUUGUGUAUUUUUGUAAAUUAUGUAAUUGUUAAGUUCAAGGACUGAUUUUUUUUUUCUGACACUUUUUGAGAGGGUUAAAUGUUGAUAAUAUACAGGUAUUCCUAUUCUCUGUUAAUCAUUUUCAACAGCUUUUUAGUAUUUUUAUAUCAUUAUUUUAUGUUACGGCAUUGUUUUUUUUUAUUGGUAGUAGCUACUGUUGGUUUUAAAUUCAUGAAUUAUUUUCAGAUUCAUAAUACAUAAUCAUACUUAUUAUGAAUAAUAGUUCCAGAAAAAAAGUGAAACUAAAGAUUUUUAAGUGACCAAUUAUUACCCAAUUAAGCAGACAUCUUAUUGUUAAAACACUGCUUGGAAUUUACUUUUAAAUUUACUUUUUAAACUCCAUAUAAAUGGAGAUCCUUUGUAUUAAGAAUUAUAAUAUUGUACAAUAAUACUGGAUAAGCGGGUCAGAAGAUAUAUGAGCUAUAUAAACACUGUGUGUGUGUUUUAAUAUAUAUAUGUAUGUAUGUAUGUAUGUAUGUAUGUAUGUAUGUAUGUAUGUGUAUAUGUAUGUAUAUACAUAUAUAUAUAUAUAUAAUAUAUAUAGAUAAUAUAUAUAUAUAUAUAAUAAGCUUGCACACACAGUCAUAGAAAAAAAUUGCAGAAAAUUCAGAGUAAAAUCUUCUUAAAUAUAGAACUAAAUGUGUAAUAAUUUUUCUAACAUAUAUAGAAGUUUAAAAAAUUGAUAUCAUCAAUAUGUUUCAAUGGGAGCAACAUCUUUAGAUCUUUUGACAGUGACAUAGCUUGACAUGUCUUUCCAAGUGGGUUCAACCAUGCCACAUAUAUCAUCCUUUUUUUUUAUGGGUAGGAUGGAUGAAGGGAUGGUCACAGUUUAGGGUUCUUUAUUUUUUUUAUUUAUAUUGUUUGUUUCUACUUUGUUUUUGACCGUUUUUAUGGUGACAUGGGGUUCACUUCUCAUUUCUUUAGUUCCCUUUUGCCAACUGUAUACCUAUUGAGGUAUAUAAAUAUACUUUGUAUCUCACAACCCUCUACAAACAAGGCAAGUAAUGGUGAAACACAGAUUUGUUUUUUCUCCCCACUAAGGCAGGGAAGGGCAUGUGGAGAGUCUUUACAUGUUGUGAUGGAAACAACAUUGUCCUUGAUUUAAGAACAUAUAAGGACUGAAAUUACAGAUGUUUCUUUGACUGUGUGUAUAAUGGUAUGUAUAAAAAUACUAUAAACAUUUUUUUCACUAGUGCUUAAUCUCCAUUUCAGAUUAUUUGCAAACAAACCUAUUUUUCAUGUUAAUGGAAAAUACUUUAACCUGUUUGAAAAUGUUUAAAUUCUUUAUGCAUUUCUUAUUAACAAUACAAAAAGUGCAAAAGUCUUAAGAUAAAUUACCCUUCAUCUGAACAAAGUUGUAUUUUGUAAUGUUGACAGAGGGCUAUUUCUUUGUGGGGUUUUUUUUUCAUGUAUGGUGUAUGGAGAGGCCAAAAUGGUUUUAAAAGAAUACAAAGUUUAUUUCAAAAUAAAAUUCUGUAAAAUGUAUCAGUGUCAUUAUGAUUUUGACAUGAAACCAGUUUUUCUUUUUAAAUAGUUAAUGUGACUCAGAAUAUAUGUAAUAUGGUAAAUUUUAUCAGCUCAAAUCAAGCCCUCUUUGAAAAUUAGUUUAUAACCAUUUUACAUGCUUUAUUUGUGCAUAUAUUGUGUUUUGUUAUAUAGUCAGUUGUUUUGGUUCCAGCAAAUGUUGUAAAACUUAUUGAGAGAAUUAAAUAAAAUAUAAUUAUUAUAA